GAUAUUUAUGUACCCAUUCGCCAGGCAACGCGAGUGAACCUUCCAUUCAUCGCCAUUCAUGAGCCACGGCGCACUAGUGUUUAUGUUUUCGACGCGAAGUGUCAUACUUUCGAUCUUUUCUGCAAUUGCAGUUUCACGGUAACGAGUCAGCAUAGAUAUUUCACUGCAGUACCAAUCGAAAAUAGCUUUUGGUUAGUACAUAUACUGCAAUUACUCAAUGGUGUUAGUCAUACAAGACAAAUAGUGUUCUUUGACUGAAAAGAUCCACUGCUGCAUGAGUUCGCAGUAAAGACCGGAUUUGGGCAAGAAACAGAGCACACUUUUACCCAACAAGUGGGGACGCCGCCUCCAUCCAAAGUGAUCGCGGGAAAGAACCGUUAGUAGCCAGCGAGUGCCGCCCAGCUUCCGACGACCAACAACUCUGUCUUUCCAGGCGCAGGCAUAAUCGUUAUGAUGAUCGAAGCUGAUGGUCCGGAGCAGUAUCUCAAAACUGAAGAUUCAUUAAGGUAGAAUUUGUGUGGUACAUUAGAAUAAGAAAAUCGUAGAAAUUUUUAAAAGACACGCAAAGCUUUCGACCGUGACUUAACAAAAAACUGUCCAAGCCGCGUAAGGAAAGGUGAAUGAAUCGUACUUGAAGAGCUUUUCUCCGCACUCCGAAGCGUAUACGAAUCUCGAACCAAAGCAGAAAUACCUCAAAAACAGAGCGCUAUGUGUGCGAUCCUUUUUUUGGGAUGACUACGACGACGAGGUAGCCCAUUGAGACUGUGGCGACUGACUGGUGAGAGGAUCGAGAGUUCACAAUCGAUACACACAACUUGUUUUAGCUCGCGGCCUCGCGGUACAUUCUUCGAGCCGUACGCGAUCGCGAAGUCGCGUGGUUUCAGUCUCGUUCGAAAAUUCCAUCGAUCAACUUCAGCUGAACCUGCUGUGUUAACGCUUUAAAAAAUAAUCUCUGACUAUCAGAAAACAGAGCUCUUGUGGAUUUAAUAUCAAUUAUAAGCUGAAGAGAUAGCGUGUGAGAGUAAAUAAGAUCGCGUCACGCGUGUGGGUUCGAAAACGGAAAUGGUAGUUUGAAGUGAAGUUUCUUUGAUCCUAGAUAAGGUGGCUAAAAGGUGUUUAGAAUGGAGAAUAACUUGAUUCGAGUGCUUGAGGGACACUACCUGGAUGAAUUAACCAGUGAGUUGUGUGACUUUUCAUUGGAAGAGCAGAAUGCAGCCACCGAGGCGCAGGGCGUUAAGCCACUCGCCUCUUCAGACUACGUGCCUAUUAUUGGAAAAAGUGUCACCUACGUGGUAGCUUGUGUGAUCAUCAACGAUCGAAAUGAAGUGUUGAUGAUGCAGGAAGCGAAAGAAUCGUGUGCAGGAAAAUGGUACCUCCCUGCGGGUCGCAUGGAACCUGGCGAAACGAUUACGGAGGCUAGCAUGAGAGAAGUUCUAGAAGAAACUGGACUUAAAGUGGACAUUACGACACUGCUGGCAGUGGAAUCAGCUGGUGGCACUUGGUUUAGAUUCGUAUUAACAGGACGGGUAGUUGGAGGUGAACUCAAAACCCCAUCUCAAGCAGACCAGGAAUCCAUUCAAGCCAAAUGGGUAGGAAACUUAGACGAACUGAGUCUCCGUGCCAACGACAUAAUUCCCAUCAUAGACUUGGCCCGCAACCACAAACGUCGUAUCCCGAAAGAUCCCAACUGGCAUAGGGAUAUCAUGCCGGCUAGAAAGGCCCAUUACAAAAACUACCUGAGGAUAGUAGUAGCCAUCAAAAACAAGACCACCAAUCAGGUAUUCAUCCUCCUUAGUGAGAAAACCGCGUACCACUUUCCAACAGUCGAAAUCCACCCCGGCCGCAGUAUUCACUCCACCCUCAAGAAAUUUAUGAUCGAGCUUUUCGGAGCCGAUCUGCCCCAACAUCGACCGCACGGAGUGUUGAGCGUCGAGCACCACACCACUCGAUCACAGCCCAGCCCCACGGACGGUAUCUGCCUGACCCUGUUGGUCAUUUGCAGGCCUUCGAUCGAAAGUGUAUCCCUCAUUGGGAAGUGUAUCUGGCACGAGCUCAAUAAGGAGCUCAGUGCCAGGCUGGCGAUGACCGUAGCGGCGAAAAAUUCCACACUUUUAAUGCACGUUAUACGAUAGUGGAAUAGGUAAUUGACGUUUGCCACGAUGUCGAUCAAGCAAUUGCAGGUGUGAUCGCGAAUGCGUGGAAAAAUGACAAAUUUCUUUUUCUUUCAUACAAUCGAUGAAUCUCACGGCAAGGCACGCGAGAAAUACCGUUUUAUUGCCAGCUAAGAUGUGCUUUGAUUGUCUUGUUUAUAUGCAUAGCUUUAGUGGAACAACAGCCAAGUAAGAUUGGGGUGCAUACUCAGAGGGUCGGGUCGAUUAAACUGCCGAUCAUUUUUGUUUUGUUUUGCGCGCGAUUGGAAUCUCAAUGAGAUUUUGGUUGGUUUUAGUUUAGUUUUUGCUAACGUAGCGUUUUUGUAGAUGAACUAGCAGAAAAUGAAUAAAAGAGAGUUUUCAGACCAAAAUUAUGCAUGGAAGCGGAAAAUGAAAACCAGCGAACUGGUAGUCACGUAAAAUUAGAGAAGAGAAAGCACACGAAACAACGCACAAUUGAAAUUAUGUUAUAGAAAAAUAAAUACUGAGAUCUGCGCUGAGGUCGAAAAUAUAGCUCAGCUUAAAACUAUAAUUAUGAACAUUUAUUUAUGAAAUAAAUGCUUGAAAUAAGUAACGAAAAAACAAUUUGUAAAAACUCAUCAUAAAGAAUCUAAUAAAUAAUGCAUUAUGGAGAA